AUGGCCAAGAGCAAGAGAGCGUCCGUUAUCAAGAACAACAACCAGAAACUGAAGAAGAAUGUUUUUGGACCGGUUGAGGCCGCUCGCUUGGAGAGAAUCUCUGCCAAGCUCCUCGAGCUUGCUGCUCAGCCCAAGCCCAUCAAGGAGGUUGAGAUGGAGACCGUGAACGAGGAUGAGGUCAAGGAGGCCACCAAGGAUGACUCUGCUAUGGAGGUUGAUUCCGCCAAGCCUGUAAAGGUUGGCAGCAAGAAGAUUGAGAAGAAGAGGCGGGUCAAGAAGUCCAAGAUUGUCUUCCCCAAGUAUGGCGAGAAGUUCAGCAAGAAGAGGAAAUGAGCGACAAGCGGCCACGAUUUGAGCAGCUGAGUUUCGACAGACGACCAAAAGUAUCACCGGUGUGGCCAGGGCUAUAGAGCGGCUGUACUACCAAAGGACGACUAUAACAACUCUCAUGCUCCAGACAUGUCCUAGCGGUUGUUCAUUCUCACGAC